AUGGCGGCGUCGAUGGCGGCGCCGGGGCCGGAGAAGGGAAGGGCGAGAAGGAGAAGGAGAAGGAGGAGGAGGCGAAGCGGCUCCUCAGCGAGGCCGACAGGAAGGUCCGCGGGGCCUCCUCUUUCCUCGGGGCGCUCUUCGGGGGUUCUUCCCGGCUGGAGGAUGCCUGUGAGUGCUACACCCGAGCUGCCAACCUCUUCAAGAUGGCCAAGAACUGGAGUGAGGCUGGGAGCGCUUUCUGCCGAGCUUCCCGACUGCACGAGCAGCUGCAGAGCAAACCCGACGCCGCCUCCCGGCUCGUGGACGCCGCCAACGCCUUCAAAAAGUGCGACCCACAGGAGGCCGUGUCGUGCCUGCUCCGCGCCAUCGACAUCUACACCGACAUGGGCCGGUUCACGGUGGCCGCCAAGCAGCACGUGGCCAUCGCCGAGAUCUACGAGGGCGACCUCGUCGACGUCCACAAGGCCAUGGCCCACUACGAGCAGGCAGCAGAUUAUUUUAAAGGGGAGGAAUCCACCAGCUCAGCCAACAAGUGCCUGUUGAAGGUGGCCACGUUCGCGGCUCAGCUCGAGCAGUUCCCUCGCGCCAUCGACAUCUACGAGCAGGUGGGAUCCGUGGCCAUGGACAGCCCCCUGCUGAAGUACAGCGCCAAGGAUCAUUUCUUCAGGGCCGCCCUCUGCCACUUCUGCAUCGACCAAAUCAACGCCAGGCUGGCCGUUCAGAGGUACGAGGGGAUGUUCCCGGCCUUCUCCGACUCCCGGGAGUGCAAACUCCUCAAGAAGCUGCUGGAGGCUCACGAGGAGCAGAACGUGGACGCCUUCACCGAUGCUGUGAAGGAAUUCGACUCCAUCUCCCGGCUGGACCAGUGGCUGACGACGAUCCUGCUGCGCCUCAAACGCUCCCUGCAGGCCGAGGAGCCUGACCUACGCUAGAAAAACAC